AUGUCCUUGGGAAGGCCAUCUCAAGCCACCCGCGACUUAGACAUAUGGCGCGCCCCAAAUUCAACCACUCCAUUCCUACUCGUUGACGGACAUCUGGGAGUUCUGCAGAAGUUGCUGUACAAACUCUACGUGACUGCGCAGACUAUCUUCUAUUCGAUCCGCCGGGAGCAACGAACUCCCACCGUCUACUCGGAUUUGGUGGAUAUAACCGCCGUUAUCCUCUUGGCCAAUCCCGCGCACCAAACGGCUCUCCACGAAAGGAAGAAGCUCGUUGAAGCUCGCGUGAUACGUGCUGAUGAUGAACUGGAACUCCUUGGUUUACUGCAAGCCAGCAAAUCCCACGCGAAAGAAUCAAUAUUAUGGGCACACAGAAGAUGGCUUCUGAACGAAGUGGGGGACAGUGGCAUCGGUCGGAUCUCCUGCCAUACUUUGAGGCAGGAGUUUACAGCGGUGUUUCGAGCCGCAGAAGUCUACCCUCGUAAUUACUACGCGUGGUCUCAUUGGCGAUUCUGUGUCGAUGCCCUUCUCGACACUCUGACUGUCGGUAUCACCGAUGACCGUCUCCAUUUAUUGCUUGAGCAGUAUGACCAACUCUCCCUAUGGGUAGAGCAACAUAUCUCCGAUUACUCUGCCGCUCAUCAUUUGACGAAUCUUGUGGCCCUCGUCUGCCGGCUCGAUGGUGGUCUUGGGGCAUCUACAGAAUCGCGGAUCAGUCCUGCGUCGGCAUUCGACCAUGUUACCACGUUGUUAUCGAGGUACCCUUCCCAUGAAUCGUUAUGGGCUUGCGCAAGGACAGUCGUGCAAUUGGAAAGCGAUGAAAUCACCCAGGAGGAGAUGAUGAAAAGCCUGCGCGAACUAUCGGACGUCAAUAAUAGCUGGAGCAGGCUGUCGCUUGCUUGGAUAUCACGCCCCGUUUACGAAUCCUCAUACUUGACCUCGCACCAUGGAGUGCAAGAGCUGCGAGCUCAAGCAACGCCGAUUCUACUGCGAGAAUUGCCUAAGAUCACAGCAAGUAUACCCUUUCCGCGGUCGCCUCCCCAGAAUUUGAAGAUUAACUGUCUUCCCAGCCUCAGAGAUUUCCGCCUGCAAAUACAGCACUUCUCUGUCGAUCGCGAUGAGCAAGUGGCCAAAGCCUCAAAGGCUCUGGAGACUGUAGACUCUGGGCGGACGUUACGAGGGACUAUGGCCCUCCGCCAGAGUAGAUUGGAGGAGGUACAAGCUGGGCUGGCUAAGCUACGCAGGGAUAACGAGAAGAAACGAGAUCGUCUCAGGUUUCUUCGUGAAACCCUUGCGACGCGCAGGCGUACACUAUCCGCAGCCAAAUUACUACCACACCAAGGCCUGGGUCUGUCAGCAACCAUAAGGUCAUCGACGCCUCCUCGAGAGCACCAAGAACUGAACUCUCUGUCCUCGACGCUCGCUCGAGCACGGUCUGGGUUAGUACAGGAGCUCGUUGAAGUGUUUAACAUCGUCGAAGUAGGCGGUCGGCCCCCAAUUGGGGGUAAGGCGGGGACGAAGGGUGAAUGGACGAUCGGGGACCUUAUACUACCUGUGCCAGGCGACAUCAGAAGGUACCCGCCAGACCACAUCAACGCUGUUAUUACGCACACCGUGCAUUUCUUGUCGCUACUAACAUUCUACCUUGGUAUCAAACUCCCCUUUGAGGUGGUAUGGUCCGGCAAGAAGCUUGGAGUAGGUCAACCAUGGAUCGGGGCAGGUAAAGGCGCAGAGUCGGGUGGAUGGUCGAAAUGGUAUACAAAACAUCCCCUGCACCUUUCGUCUUCUACCUCUGCCGCCGCUCCCUCCAGUGCCCCUCAUUCGCCGGUAGAACUGUCUACUUCCCUCGCGGAUUCUGUGAUGGAGGCCGAUGGACCUGACACCCAUCCCCGUGCCUCAUUCACCACGGCGUUAGCGAUGCUCAUAUACAAUGUCUGCUACCUAGCUUAUACGCAGGGCGUCGAUGUACCGCUCAGCCAAGCUGGUGAUGUUUUGAGUAAUCUAUGGAGCGUCUGUUGUAGUCCAGAACUGGGGAGAAGGUCCCAUGAAACACAUCCGCUUCAACCUGCGCCGACACCGCCCUCGUUUCCUUUAGAAUUUACUCAGCUAUUGCAAGCUACAACUGCUAAUCCAGCCUCGCGGAACCAUCGUUCCUCUCGUCCUACGCGUCGUCCAUCUGAGGUAGCCAGAAGGAGGCAAAGCAAGAUCAUCGAAGAGGACGGCUGGGAUAUAGUCGACGAAGAUCAAUUUUCGUGA